ACUACUAAAACAUACCUAUUUGUGGCUUGAUGCAGGCUGUUCUUCCCUUGAGGGGUAAAAUUUUGAACAUUGAAAGAAAGGACGAAGCAGCAAUGUAUAAGAAUGAAGAGAUUCAAAAUCUUAUUCUUGGUCUGGGACUUGGAGUAAAGGGAGAGGAUUUUAAAAAGGAAGCUCUCCGCUAUCAUAAAAUUAUAAUCUUGACAGAUGCUGAUGUGGAUGAUGCUCACAUCCGAACUUUGCUAUUGACAUUUUUCUUUAGAUAUCAGAUGGGUGAACUCGUCCACAAAGCUAAAUUGUAUAGGACAAAUUGACACUUUUUUGUAUUUUUGGAAGGGUUAUAUAUUUUUGUAUAGAUGUAUAUGGAAAACAUUAGGGUAGACUAGUAGUUAUAUUUUUGGAUACACUAGUAGUUAUAUUUUUUGAUGGGUGUGUAUGGAAA